AGAAAGGCUGAAUUGAACGGUGAUGGUGGACGCGCAUGGCUGACAGUUCUUUGCAGCUGUUCAUUUGUAUAGUCAUUUUUCAUAGCGUCGUAAAUUUUUGAAAUUCGAUUUUAUUGAAAUUUUUUGUGCUCAGUGAAUUUACAAUACCACGUUAUAAACAACAAACUAUCGAUUUGUGGAAAUUGGAAGGACUUGCCCCUGCGUUUUGUUAAAGUUGUUCGUGACGUAACAAGAUUUCUCGGACUGACUGUGCCCCAUAAAGGUCGAGUGUAUUGUGCAUUGGCUAAUGGUUUCGGGGUUUGUUUCGCGUGAGCUGUAACGGCUUCACAAUGUGGGAAGUAGAAUCGGAUACCGGAUCGCGGAGUGUGUCUUCGGACGGACUCCGACGACGUCAGGGAUGGGAUCCCGAAGCCGAGAGUCUGGCGUCCCAAAUGGAUGAGUUAGACGAAGUUCUCGCAGAAGAAGAAGAAGGUUGCCCUUUACCAUCCACUCCGGAAGAUCAGCAUUUACUCGAUACCGAGAUGGCUGAAGUUUUGAAGGCGGGCGUGUUGUCGGACGAGAUCGAUUUGGGAGCACUCGCCCAUAAUGCGGCGGAACAAGCGGAGGAAUUUGUUCGCAAGGUUUGGGAAGCAUCUUGGAACGUGUGCCACUUCAGACACCUGCCACGCUGGUUGCAAGAUAAUGACUACUUGCAUAAAGGUCACCGACCCCCGUUGCCCUCAUUCAGCGCUUGUUUCGCUUCGAUUUUUCGCAUCCACACCGAAACAGGCAAUAUAUGGACCCAUCUGCUUGGCUGCGUCGCAUUUAUCGGUGUAGCUAUUUACUUUUUGACUCGACCUUCAAUUGAAAUACAAAUGCAGGAGAAAAUGAUUUUCGGCGUGUUCUUUGUGGGCGCCAUUGUUUGCCUUGGCUUUUCGUUUGCUUAUCAUACCCUAUACUGUCACUCGGAGAUGGUUGGAAAAUUAUUCUCUAAAUUAGAUUACUGUGGCAUAGCCCUGUUGAUCAUGGGCUCUUUUGUUCCAUGGUUGUACUACAGUUUCUACUGCCACUACAGACCCAAAAUAAUAUAUCUUUCUGUAGUGGUUGUGCUAGGGAUUUUAUCUAUCAUAGUGUCCCUGUGGGACAGAUUUUCUGAACCUCGACUGAGACCUCUUCGAGCGGGAGUGUUCAUGGGUUUUGGUUUGUCAGGGAUUGUGCCAGCAAUUCAUUACGGUAUCACAGAGGGUUGGUUCAGUCAAGUAAGCAAAGCAUCACUCGGAUGGUUAGUACUCAUGGGCCUCCUCUACAUCUUGGGUGCUAUGUUCUAUGCACUUCGUGUACCAGAGCGUUGGUUCCCUGGUAAAUGUGACAUCUGGUUUCAAUCACAUCAAAUCUUCCAUGUUCUUGUGAUUGUGGCAGCUUUUGUUCAUUAUCAUGGUAUCAGUGAACUUGCAUCAUAUCGUGUUACUGUUGGGGAAUGCUCUAUGACACCAUCAUCUAUUGCAUUCUAGCCACUUACUAUACCAAAUGUGAUAGUAGACCAUGUAUAAAUUUAAGUAGUCUCAAACAUUCAACAGCUUCAUUGUAUAUUUUUGAAAUUGUAAUUUAAAAGCAUUUUCUAAGUUUUUAAAAGUACAGAAAGGUUCAAACCUCAUGAAGCUUCUGAAUUUCUGUUGUUAGUCUGUUUUAUUUGGGGACAAAAUAAAAAGUUUAUUUUCUGUUUAUUUAUUUGAGGGUAAUUUUAAUUUUAGGCGUAAAAGAGUGCACACUUAUAUAAAUUCACUGUAUGGCAUAUUGUUCUGCUUUUUUCACAAUGUACAUUUUUGUUUUGUAAAUUUGUCAAGAUUUUCACUUUUUGAUUAGAGUCGUACUUAACUUCAUUCUAUGCUUUGCACUUGAAUUCUAUGAAAGAACCAGUUAGUAGAUAAUGUACAAUUCAUUAGGCUUGACCACAAAAUGCCCUUACUGUUCUUCCAAAAAUUUUUAAUCUUCCAGGGUAUUUGCUUCUAGCACUUGAACAACUGCUUUAAGAUGCCACUAAAAACCUAUAUAUAAUCUACCAAGAUAAAUUUAACUACAUAUUUAACAAGCAGGUUUGGGCUAAUUUAAGAUACUGUUCUUAUACAACUCCCUUUUAAAUUCUUACCCAAGGAAUUCAUGUAUUUUUUGCAUUAAUAGUGUGACGAUAAUGAAUCUCACUCUCAUAUUUGUGACAUAAAAUAUCAUAUUACAUACACUUAUAUUUUGAUAAUCUGUUUUGUUUACUUUAAAAGUUAUUUAUUUUUCAAAGAGGUAUAUUACUAAAAUCAAGUAUUUCAUUAGAACAGGUUUUUAGUAUAAGUUUAUAAUGAUAUAAAUUCUUUAUUUACCUAAAUCAAUAAAGUUACAUUCCAUAUAGGUGAUUUCUUAUAUUUUCACGUGCACUAUCGAUAAAUGAAACAACAUUUAAACAUUUUCAUUGCGUUUGUAUUUAUGAGAGCUUACUGAAAUUAAAAAACAUCCGAAUUUUAAUAGAGACGAAGGAUGGCAUAUACAGGCUUGGAAUCCAGUGGUUAAUCAAAUGAAAUUUCAAUCCAUAUCACACAUUGCAAAACCAAAUUAUAUAAUUAGUUCAUUCUGUAAAUAUUAAGACAACAGAGCAAUUCACUUUUCUUGUCGGAGUUUGUUCCGCCAGUUCUUCUCAGACAAGACUCCCAAAUUUGGAACUGGUGGAAUAAAUCAAUAUAUUAAAAAAAAAUUUUUUUUUUUGCGAAUGUGUCUAAUAGUUUUGUUUUGAAGGUAGCUACUCUUAAAAAGACAAUUAACACCUUAAUCUUAUGUGAACACGGUUCGCUACGUCAAUAAAACUAAAUAUAAACGCGCUGAAACCGUGUAAAAGUUGUUUCGUUUAUUCCAAAUAGGUUCCCGUCUUUGAUAAAAUAUGUAAAAAUAUUUAAAAAUUGUAUUAAUCAAAUAUACAUCAAACAUUGGGCUCGAAAGAAAAGUUUUAAAUUGUGGUCACGUUAGUUAUAAUUAUAGAAGAUAUAUAUUAAAAAAGUAUAUUCUAAAUUGUGGUAAGUGUUCAUGCAUAUGUAAUGAAGAUUUUAUGAGAAUGAAAAUGUAAAAAAAAACAGGUAUAACUUACAAAAAGAUGAGCUCUAUGGUCAUUUGGAGGAAAUUAAUACUGUACUUAAAGAAUUUAAAAAGUAAGUUACAUAAUUCUCUUAUAAAUAUUGUAAAAACUAUAUAAACACAAAAACAAGUGUAUUUUAGGUAUGCACUGCUUUUCUUUUUGUAACUCCCACAAAAGUUGGUGAUUGAAGGUAGUGUUAAUAUUUUGAUUAGAGAAAUAAAAAAGAAGCAUAUCAGACAACAAUUUUCUUCUGAAUUGAACUGAUCACGAAAGACAAUAUUAUUCACUAUAAUCGUGUAACAUAACAUGCACUUGUGGGCAACUUGAGUAAUUGAAUUUUUUUUUUACAUGUGAAUCAAUAUUGCAAUAUUGUGUUUGAAAAUAUCGUUUCAUAAAAUAGGCGCUUAUAUUUUUGAGUCAAUUUAUCCACUAUGCUCUAUUUUUAUUUAUUUAUUAUAUUUUACCGAAGUUCUUUCACUCAAGUUGCCCUUGAUUAUCUAAUCCAUUAAUAUUGUUUAGGUAUCUUUAAUUAAAAUAAGUUAGUGAUAUAAAUUGCAUCGGUAUGACCUGCUUUCGAUGUUCAUUGUUUUUUGGUGGGAUUAAAAAUACAUUUAAUUAUUAUGUCAAUAAACUUU